CCGCCGUAGGGUCGUCAGAGCCUGACCCGCAUCGUGGGCCCGGCCCGCGGGAGAGGCCCCCCCCUGCGGGAAAGAGGGGCAUCAGAUCGGAAGUGCGAGCGCCGUUGGGGCUCCUCCCGGCUCCAAGAAGUGGCAGUUUCGUUUUUGGAAGCACUGUCCGAAGCGGGCAUAGGGAGGCGGCCGACAGGACGAGCGUGAUGGCCUCCCGGGGUCGCGGGGUGGAAACGUUCCUGGCGUCAGCCUUGCCUGUGACGCACUGUAGGCCUUAGAUCGCCGGGGUUCUCCGGAGACGAGCCCGCCCAUCCGAUCUCUGGUGGGGGGCGUUUGUUGUGUGUGGCCUAGGUGCGCCGUGGGUGACACUGCAAGGGGGUGACGCGAGGCUCAGGAGUGGUGUGGAGUGGACCAGGAGCAAGAGAUCGGAGCCCCUUGUCAGUCAGACUGGGAGGUGGUUCACAGACGGUCCCACAUCUAACUCCCUCCUUUUGUAAAUUCGCAAUCCGAGGCUCAGAGAGGAGAGAGACCUUAUAGUAGGACUAAAGGCCUUUUUUUCCAAAGUCAAUACCCUGGCCCCCCAGUCAGAAACACGGGGUGACGUGUCUGAGGAAAUUCGGUGCCACCACUGUGGAGAAAUGUGGGAUCUCUAAGCCGAUGGAAGGUGUUCAUUACUUUUGGGUUUUUCUAUAUGAGGAGAGAAGACAGUUGUUGCAAGUAGAAGUGACAUAACACUUUUUUAGGAUGUCUGAAGAUGAAGAAAAAGUGAAAUUACGCCGUCUGGAACCAGCUAUCCAUAAAUUUAUUAAAAUAGUAAUCCCAACAGACCUGGAGAGGUUAAGAAAGCACCAGAUAAAUAUUGAGAAGUAUCAGAGAUGCAGAAUGUGGGACAAGUUGCACGAAGAGCAUAUCAACGCAGGACGUACAGUUCAGCAACUCCGCUCCAACAUCCGAGAAAUGGAGAAGCUUUGUUUGAAAGUCCGAAAAGAUGACCUCGGACUUCUGAAGAGAAUGAUAGAUCCUGUUAAAGAAGAAGCAUCAGUAGCAACAGCCGAAUUUCUCCAACUCCAUCUGGAAUCUGUAGAAGAACUUCAGAAACAAUUUAAUGAUGAAGAAACGUUAUUACAGCCUUCUCUGACCAGAUCUAUGACUGUUGGUGGAGCAUUUCACACCCCUGAAACUGAAGCUGAUCCUCAGAGUAUGACUCAGAUACACGCAUUGCCUGAAAUUCCUCGAGAUCAAAAUGCUGCAGAAUCAUGGGAAAAUUUAGAAGCGGAUUUAAUUGAACUUAGCGAACUGGUCACAGAAUUCUCUCUCCUAGUGAAUUCUCAGCAGGAGAAGAUUGACGGCAUUGAAGACCAUGUCAACAGCGCUGCUGUGAACGUUGAGGAGGGAACCCGAAACUUGGGGAAGGCUGCAAAAUACAAGCUGGCAGCUCUGCCUGUGGCAGGUGCACUCAUCGGAGGCGUGGUGGGAGGGCCGAUCGGCCUCCUUGCAGGCUUCAAAGUGGCAGGAAUUGCAGCUGCACUUGGUGGUGGGGUGUUGGGCUUCACAGGUGGAAAACUGAUACAAAGAAAGAAACAGAAAAUGAUGGAGAAGAUCACUUCCAGCUGUCCAGAUCUUCCCAACCAAACUGACAAAAAAUGCAGUUAAAAACCAAAUUUCAGGAUUGUUGGUGCCAACACGUCCAUCCUAAUGAGGACCUUCGCUGCUGGUGGACACUCAGUCAGCAUUGGAACGUGCUUGUAUCCAGCUAGUGACGAUAGAUGCAAGUGGGAUGGAACUGGGAUAAGUGGAGACAUGUUGUCGUUUGCUGGGGUGUUAAUGGACAUGUUAAAAAUGGGCCUGGGCGGAGGGUGUAUGACCUUUGUCAGGUGAAGUUGAAAGACUGGAAAGGGAGCAGAUUUUCUGCCUGGAAAUGUGCAAAUUGAACCCAUGAACUCCGAUAAGGAUAGGAGAUGUGUGGUGGACAUGUUAGGUUAUGGAAGAAUAGUUCCUUUCCUAACCUGACUUGGAGACCCUAAGGCUUCGCAUAUUAUUCAUAUGCUUAUCUGUCUCCUAAAUGUAGGAGAGUAUUUAGGCCUGCUAGCAAAGAAAAGUUCAAGAGCUUUUCUUAUCAAAUAGGGAAAUCAGGAUCUGCUGAGGGGCACAGUGAACUCGGUCAUGGAGUCCGUUUGGUGAACCCUAUUGCAGUUCAACCCAUCUAUAUUUUCUGGUGAAAGAAACUCAUAGUGUAAGAAAGUGGAAAGAAAGGCCCAACUUCUCUUUCGAGUGUCUUAAUUUGUGACACUGACUCCUUCUCUGACCCUUUCCUCCGCCUCUCUUUAAAUAAAGACUCUCAAGUGGUAGGAGACAACAUUUCUAAGGCAAUCACUAAGCUUGCUCUGUCAGCCUGUGUCUUAAUGCCUCAAAGAUCUAGUACCCUCUGCCUUCCUUCCCAUGUAAUUUUGAAAAGUUCUCUGAGUUGUGGGGUGAAUUUUACCCAUAUAUAAUGAGAGCUUUUCUCAUAAUCUGCUUUUUUGUGUUGUCUCCCAUCUCUAUUCAUCCUUUCCUGUAACUUCUAUGAAGAAAGAGAGAGAUCUCCAAAUAUUUCCAACAUUGUUAGACUUGGAGCCAAAAAAUAAGCGGGGGAGGGGAACAUCACAUCAUUUCUUGGGGCAUCUUCCAAUUUCAAGGAGCUGAUAUACCUGCCACGUGGGGACUCUCUGACCCCAAGUCUUUCCACCAGCUCUUGGUGAAGCUAAGAACCAGCUUUCUGGCUCACUUCUGUUACUGCCACCCUUUCCCCCAGGCUUUGCCAUCUCCCCUGCUGUCCUUCACAUUACACAGCUGCUAUGUCUUCCCAGGAAUGGCAUCCGUGCUUGCCUUUUCUCACAUUCAAGAUGGUGAUGCACAAAGCCUGGUGCCAAGACUUGGUCCUGAGGAAGGAUUCGUGGUGCUAAUCCCAACACUUGACGCUGACAGUAAGCAUGCAACAGCCCGGCCAAAUUAUCCAAAUAGCAAGAAGUUUUUAAAUUUAGAAAAAAAAAGAAUUUAAGAUUCCAGGUAGCCUUGUCCUGUACCCCAGCUCAUUGGAAAUAGGAAGGAACCACCUGUUGCCUUAUUGUUUUUCUCUGAAGAUAGAGGACUGGGUACCUGUACCACGUCAGGUGUGAGUUUUCUCUGCUCAGGAGCCAGAUUAAUCGGACAGUUGAAUGGUUUAUCACUUCUCUUUUGCUGCUUACUCUUAAUAACUUUUAUUGAUUGCUACCUUUUACUUCAGUGUCUAAUCUAAAGAGACCUUUCUCUUUCAUGCUUUUUGACUCUCACCAAUGAAUUCCAAAGAGAAAAAGCACCAUUUCUUACCGUCAUUAAAUAACUAGAAAAUAUCAAGUCUUGUAUUGCUAUGAACUGUGUCUUUGAUGUAAUAUCAAGAAGGAAGUACUCUGAAUAAGUGUCAGAUUCUGAUCCAGUAUUUGAUAUUGUAAGGUUGGGAUCAUUCCUUUUGAACCCCACCUUUUUCAUUCUCUGAUCCUUGCUGUCCCUUUAGCACAGGGUGUUCAAACCAGAACAAGGAUCAGAAUCACCUGGGGUGCAUAUUUAAAACAAGAGUCCUAAACUUCAGUCCCACAGACGAUGCUAAUAAUGACUAGUCUGGCCUGGUCAGCUAAAAUUAUAAAUUGAAGAUAUAGUUACAUCAAGAUUCAGAUGUACCACUGAAUUCUGUACUUACUGGUAUUCUACCUUCAGCACGUCCCAUUCUUCAUCACAGCAUAUGAUUCCCACUCUGCCAACCCCAAACUGGCUGUGCUUUUUAGCCCAUGAUCUUAAUACAACCGGGGAGUCAGGCUGGUUUUACAUCAGGAUCUGAAGGAGAGACGAAGCCUAUACUUGAAGCUCAUGUUUUGUUUGGGGAUCUCAUUUUUACUGAGGCAGUGUGGGCUAUGACUGUAUGUGCUCCUACAGGCCUUUGAUUUUUAUUACUCAACAGGAUUAGAAUAUUACUCUAGCAGUCUUCAUGAUUAGGCAAGUUACAGUUCUUUAAAGAAGUUUUAUCAUUUAAAAUUAUUUAGAAAUUGUAUCUAAUUUUCCCAUUCUGGAACCUAAUAGCCAACUUUUUGUAGAAAUUUCUAGAAGUGUUUAAUCAACUAUAAAUGAUAUACCUGUAAUCUACAAAGUGGUUAGGAGCAUAAAUUAAUCAAUAUGACACAGAAACCAAUCUUAAAAUUGAAUUUAAUGCCCUACAAUAUCAGAUAAAAUUCAUCUCUAUGAUUCAUGUUUUUUACUGCAACAAGUUAAAAGGUAAGGAACACUUUGAAUGAGUUCUUCAAGUUUAUAGGGGCUCAUUUGCGUAAAGGCAGAACUACUAAACUCUUUGGGUAUAAUAAUCUGUACAGUUGUACAGCAGAGACAAACUUUUUGGUCUAACCCACAGUAAAAAAUGCACUUCCAUCAAAACUCAGCAUAUCCAUAAUGGAACAAUACUUACCAUUAUGUACAGUGCACUUUUCUUUUUAUCUUUUCAGUUUUUAAAAUAUGCUGGUUGCAACCUAAUUCAAUUGAUUUCAUAAUCUUGAGACCCUUAGUUUGAAAAUAAAACAAAACACCCUUAUAGGAGAACUGCUUCUCAUUGAAUAUCUUCUGUUUACCAGGCACUUCACUAGACAUUAUACAGAUAAGGACACUGAGUCUCAAAAAAGUUAAGUAAUUUGCAGAAGGUUGUUCAGCUACCCAUGGGGGAAGCAGAGAUGUUAACUAGGUCUGUUGAACUGCAAAAACUCCCGUUACUCUCAUGCUGCUUCUGUAUAUAAAAUUGAGGUGGGCCGUUCAUGCUAUUUCAUCCCAAUACCCACAUACUCGGUAAGGCAGGCUUCCUUUGAAAUUACACGUGCCAUUGGUUUGCUUUUUUUUUUUUCAAUCUUUCCUGAAAGUUUUUUAUGGGGGCCAAUGCAGAAGCACAUGAGUGCUUAGACUCUAAAAUGAAAAGUGUUUCUAGCCCACCCACGCAUCCUACAAAUUUCCUUAUGUUCAUGGAUUAUAGGCAUCACUUACUCAGUGCUUUUUAUAUUUAAUUAAAAAAUAAACUUUUGAAAGACAAAUCUAUCAUAACUCAUAGAAUCAGGUGAUUAUUAUCCUUUCAAAUGGUACCCUUCGGAAGCCUGGCGCUUCCUGUGAUGACGCUUCUAUUACUUAGAACAUUUUUGAAACUUUUCUUGUGGAAUUGCCUCCAAAGACAUUUUGCAAACCACGUUAAAAAAAAAGCCAUCUCAGUGUUUAUUAGUCAGAUAUGACCUCUCCUCUCUUCCUUCCUCAGUUUUGCUUUUCUCCUGCUGGCUUUGCUCUUCUACGGCUUAUGCUGAAGCCAGUGACCUAAGGAUGCCCAGAAAGGGGGCACGCUGGCAGAGUUGCUGGAGCAAGAACUGCUAGGUUAUACUGAAGCCGAGCGCUGUAGAAAGAGAAUACCACAAGUCCCAAAACCCUGUGUGAGCUGCCUGCCUGCCCGUAAGUGCCAUAAGUAGUUUGCACAGUAGUAAGGACUGAAUACUGGUAAUAUCAAUCACCGGAGGUUGAGGAAACCUGAAAUAUAAAAAUAUAGUGUACAUUUUUCUCCAUUGAAAGUACCAAGCCAUUGAAACAAAGCCAAGCCAUACUGUGUGUCAACUUUAAGACUGAAAGGUCUUUUUUAGGGUCCCCUCUGCCCUUCAUUGCUGCCAUAUGAAAUCUUUGGGAAGGAUGACGAAAAGCCUGGGGAAAGGUUCUCCUGUGAAAUGGGACAUUUUCUUCUCUUGUAACAAAGUAUAAUGUGGUUGUGGCUCUCAGGUACUUACAAAUGUUAGACAAUGUUCUUAAGUAGUCAGAGGCGUAAAAAAACGUAGAGGUACUUCCCUGAUAGCCUAAAUUCAUGUGAACAGUUCGGGUUCCAUUUGUAUUUUUGUUAACACUUCAUUUUGUUUCUAACAGGUGGUUCUCGCUAUUUAUAUUCAUUAAUUUGACACCAUUUUACAGAGAAACUUCUUGGGUAUUAUAAACAGUCAGUGGUAAAAGAUCCAUAUAUUAUUAUCCACAUCACUAGCCUCAAAAAUUAUUUACUGUGGGAGACAAGAAAUAUAUAUGUGCUAUAUUAACUAAAGAAAUAAAUUGAAAGGAAAGUGUCAAAGGCAAAUGAUUUGCCCAAGAUCAAAGCUAGUUAACAUAAAAGCUAGCAGUAUAACCAUGCUCUAAAGGGAGAAAAAAAAACCCUCCAAGUAAUUUAACUGAGUUCUUGUUACACCAUAUCAAGUUGCCUGCUGGUCUGAAAGACCAGCCGCAACAUUCUCAGUCAGGCAAUAGCUACAGUAGAAAGAGAAUCGGAUGGGGAGUCAGGAAAUCAGAGUUCUAGUUUUCGCUUUGUCUCCUGUGGUUAAGUUUUUUCUCAGGGGUGGCUGCCUUCUUGCAUUCCAGCCAGGGGUUCCCCACCUAUUCUUUAUGUCUGGCCUCUCCCCGGGUCCUGUCCAUUCUGCUCUGUCAGUGGCAUCAAUUUCUAAGUAUAUUCAUGGCCAUCAUUCUAGUAAAGGACUUUAUUACCUCAUGCCUUCUACCUCAUCUUCCCGGACUUGAAGCCAUUCCUCACUCACUGCCAGAGGAAGGAAAUAUUUUCAGUGCUUCCCAUGAAUACCCGACCAAGUUCACAUCCCUUAGGUUGGCAUUCUGGCCCCAGACUUACCUGUUCAGAUCCACAACUCAUCAUCUGACAGUGCCAUUAAGAAUCAGACAUGCGCCACAAAGAGGACUUUAAGGGUUCUCUAUGGUGAAAGUACAAACUGGUGAUACGCUAAGUUUACAUUUUUCCAGACUAAAAUAAUUUCUGUACUAUCACAUUUUAUGAAAAUAGUCAGCUGAGAUUUGUUUAAGCUCUUGAACAAGACUAAAAGUUGUUUCCUAAGGAAAAGAAAUCUUUUCUCCCCCAGAAGAAAUUACAUUCAAUAUCUUAUCCCCCAAAAGAAUGUCACCUGUGCAUCUGAUAGCCAAAGCAUGAGAAUUUUUCUUCAACAGCAUGGGUACUCCAGCUUUGAAUGGACCACUGUCCAGCUCCUGUGAGAAACUUGACUAAUGAAUAUUUGAGAAAAACAAGAGUACAUGUUAUCCAUACGUUCUCAAGUACCUGAGAUUUUCUUGUAUUGUUAAUCACCGAAACAAUACUUACCUGGGCUGCAUUAAUUAAACCCCCUAAAGAUAUUUUCCAUUUUAUUAUUAAACCCUUGUUGUUAGCAAGGGUCAGCAGAAGAAAAGGCCCAAUGGCGAGAAUUUCUAAAUAUUUUGUAAAGCUUACUGAAUUUGUUUAUUAUGUUGUUGAGUGGUGCUUGCAUAAGGAAACAUGCAAUAAAUUCACUCAUUCAACAUUUAGCUGAGUACCUGUUGUGUACUGGGCCAUACAUAGAAAAAUAUUAAACCCAUAGAAUCUACCUUUGUCAACCAUUCAGGCUAAUGAAUUCAGAUGCCUACAGCAUGUAAGUGACAAUAAAACAUGGUAAGUACCCUAACAGAGGAAUGAGCCAAGACAUAGAGGGCACAGAGAAUGGAGAGACCAGCUCUGCCUGGAGAAGUCGGGGAAGACUUUGUAGAACAUGUAGUAUUUGAGCAGUUCCCUAAAGACGAAUGUGCCUCACCGAAGCAGGGUUGUGGGCUUUCAAGGGGCGGAGGAAUCGAACGUACAAAAGGCUCCAGACAUGAAAGCACAGUGUGCUUAGAGAAGACCAAGAAAUUCAACGUGAGUGAUGAGGCUGGUCAGAUGGAUAUACAGACCAGGGUAGAGAUUUUGUUUAAAAGCUGAAUGUAUUGCUUUGUAUCACAUCAAACUGUUAUAACCCUCUGGAGUUCUUCAUUUUGCCUUUGUUGCCAGGGAAGUUCGUAAUAAACUUCACAUUUGCCUGGGUUCUUGGUGUGUUUGGCAUAUUUGCUUUUCUUUCCCACACAUAAAUGAUUUGUGCUUCCUUGCCUCUGCUCUGAGAAUCCCAGCUUAAUAUCGAACGCUUGCUUUCUUCCUGUCCUUCUAUUCAUUCCAUAAAUAUUUAUUGAAAACCCACAGAGAAAAUAGUCAUGAAAUUUACUGCUUAGUGUCCAAGACCUUCAGGUUCCAGUUUUCCAUCUCUACACGAGUAUUUCUUGUCCAUGGCAAUUCAGUGGCUCCCAUUUUCCUUAGUGCGUAAUUUUGCAGUGUCUUACAACUUCAUAGCUGUAAAACUCUUUCAUUUGUGGUGGUGUGGUCUCCCCAAGUAGACUGUAGUGUCUUUGAGGGCAGGGUCUGUAUCAUCUGCUUCUUGGAGUAUUUCGUCGAAUGAAGUACAGUGAUAAGGGAAGAGAAACCAC